AUGUAUUUUGAGCGGAACGGAAACUCUCCUGGAACUUUCACGGGUAGCGACUUCCUAGUGUACCCUUACCCUUACGAGUACUACAAUAGCAGCAUGUUUCGGAAUGGCGCAGCCUCAGUCAGCUAUGAGGGACAGUAUUUCCUGGAUAUUGUUGCCCAGAAAGCCUACGACUGUCUCGACAAGGCUAUCAUACACAAAUUGCUAUGGUUUCUAACCGUUGCCCCUAUUGCUCCUCUAAGUACCAUUUCAAGACCUUAG